UAUUCUCAAUAUUCUCAGGCUCCAACUUUCCCCGAGCUUCCCAUAGCAUCAGACAUUACCAUCCAAAAUGCAGUUCAAAUCUCUCGUCGUUUUCACCUCUUUCUUUGCCUCCAUCCUGGCGGCGGCUCCUAGCGCCGACACCAACCUUCAAGGGCAGUCCGCAGGUGAAACUCUCAGCAAUUUCCAAACCCAGGGACUUUGCUGGGCUGGCGAUGCCUGCACAGAUCGCAACUGCUGUGACUUUUCCCGCGGGCCUAUUCCCGGCACCGGAUAUUGCGAGUGCUAGAUAAGCGCGCCAUGCCCAGAAAGUCUUGGUAUGGGUUUUUUUGGGUUAUGGUUGACUGUGUUUCCC